AUGUUUAGUCGAUUAUCAAGUCGUUUGGCUGUUCCUAUUGCUGGCAAAGUUCCAAAACGUGUCUCGGCUGACGAGGCAGUAUCAUGUAUCACUUCCGGUAACGACAUCUACGUUCACCCGCAUGCAUCUACCCCUACCGAGCUGCUUGACGCGUUAUGCCGACAUGUGAAACGUAACAACCUCUCCCGAAUACGACCUGCACAUAUCAUCCUACAGGGACGGAUUCCUUGGACAGACAGCGAGUACUGGGGGAAGAUUCGUUCGAAUUGUCUUUUCAUUUGUGGAAAUCUGCGACGGCUUGUAAACGAAGGGAAUGCCGACUACGUUCCCGUCUUUUUGUCAGAUAUCCCUCGGAUGUACCACACUGGUGUUUUCUCAGCGGAUGUCGCGCUCAUCUCAAUCACCCCACCAGAUAGUCGCGGGUUUUCAAGCAUGGGUGUGGAUAUUGAUUGCUCCAGAACAGCGACAAGUUGUGCAAAGAAAAUCAUAGCUCUCGUCAACCCGUCAAUGCCAAGAACCUAUGGCGAUACAGUGAUUCACAUCUCGCAGAUUGACUCGUUGGUCGAAGUGAACGAUCGUGAAAUCUAUGCGAAACCUGAUCGAGGGAAACCAAACGAGGUCGAGCAAGCGAUCGGGAAGCUUAUUGCUGAGCACCUCGUUGAGAACGAAGCUACUCUGCAGUUGGGUAUUGGAGCGAUACCUGACUCAACAUUGGCUGCUAUGAGAAAUCACAAAGAUCUUGGAAUCCAUACCGAAGCAGUCAGCGACGGAGUACUGGAACUUAUAGAUGCUGGAGUAAUAACAAACGUCAAAAAAUCAGUGAUGCCUGGGAAG